CUGGAAAUGGCGUGCAUUGUGACAGAUUCAGAUCUUAACAUCAUUGCAGAGAGUCCAGAUAUCAUUAUUCACCAGCCAGACACAGUACUGAAUAACAUGGGAGAAUGGUGUACCAAACAGCAUGGAGAAUCAGGUCUGACAGAAUCUGUGAGAAACAGUAAGAUAGAUCUGAAGUCAGCAGAAAACACUAUGGUAGAGUUCAUCAAACCCCACAUUGUCCCUUCAUCCUGCCCCCUGGCUGGUAACAGUGUCCACUGUGAUAAAGAGUUUCUACAGAAGUACAUGCCAGUCUUCAUGAAACAGCUUCACUAUAGAAUCAUAGAUGUCAGCACUAUCAAAGAACUCUGCAGGAGAUGGUACCCAGGAGAAUUAGAAGGUGCUCCAAAGAAGAAAUUAACACACAGAGCCUUAGAUGAUAUCAGGGAAAGCAUAGAGGAACUAAAAUAUUACAGAAAAAGUGUAUUCAAAUAAAUCAUUCUUACUUUCA